AUACACCCCAAGCUUAACCGCCAAGAUGGACAUUGACAAAGUGUCCUUCUACCCUCAGUUGCUGAAUAUCCUCACCGAUAUCAGCAAGUCACAUUUCGUUGCCAUCGACCUCGAGUUGUCUGGCGUGCCGACAAAGGCUUCUUGGGGUGAGGGCAAGCCAACGCUACAGCAGCGAUAUGCAGAAAUCAAGGACGCCGCAGAGCGCUACCAAAUCCUGCAAAUCGGCUUGACGUGCGUCGAACAAGACACUCGUGACAACAAGUAUGUUCUGCGACCGUACAAUUUCGACCUCUCGCCGAUCAUCAACGAGAGAGGCCUUGAUGUGGAACGCAUCUUCUCCUUUCAGUCCGGGGCAGCCGAGUUUCUGCUAUCCGUUGGCUUCAACAUGAACAGACCAUUCACCGACGGCGUGCCAUACUUGUCGCGCGCAGAAGCCAAGAGCGCCCGCGAGAAGUAUGCCAAACGACAGGACAAGAGUGCCGUGGCCGACAUCCAGAUCAAGCCAACAGAAUUCGAAGCACUGGCUUUCCUUGACCGAGUGCGCAGCGAGAUCAACACUUGGCGUGCGUCGAAAAGGCUGGAUGCACCAGAGUAUCUCGUGAUUUCGCAAACGAGCAACCAUUCUACGCAGGAGAGUGACUUCGCAGAGGAACUUUCUCGCUUCGAGAAGAGAUUGGUACAUCAACUCGUACGAGCAGAGUAUCCGGAACUCGUGACUAUAAGCAAGCGCGGUGCCAUCCAGAUCGUGCGCUAUAACAAAGAGCGCGAGAACAGACUGGCCGCCGAGCGCGAACGUCGCAUGGAGGAGCAAAUCAACCGACAAAAGGGUUUUCGCUGGAUCAUAGAGGCAUUGCACGGUGGCAAUGUCUCGCAGAUCGAUCUGAGAGAGUGUGCGAAAGAUCCCGUGACAGGCGAGCCGAUCUACGCAGACCUGGACGACUACAAGAGACAGUUCAACUACACCCAGGCAAUCAUGCGCGGCAAUCCCAGAAUCCUGGUAGGACACAACUGUUUCCUCGACCUGGUCUACAUCUAUCGCACCUUUAUAGGUGCCCUCCCUGACACGGUGGAGGAGUUCCAGCAGAAGCUGCACAAGCUUUUCCCGGUAAUCGUUGAUACCAAGUACAUGAGCACCCAUAAUUGUGGUGAUAUCAGCCCAGCAUCUUCGCUUGAACAGAUCGCGGAGCAGUUGAGUGACCUUGAGACUCCCCCGUUGGAGACAGACCCAGAUCACGACAAGUAUGAGAACACAGAAGCGUUUCACGAGGCAGGUUACGAUGCCUACCUCACAGCUCAGGUGGCAGUGAGGCUGUCUGCGAAACUGGAACGUGAAGGCGCAUACAUCGAAGUCCACAACGAUGUCACAGACUCCACCAAUGGACAAAGCAAUGGACUCAACGCCCAAGCACAAGGCUUCACUCCCUCAAUUCCUGGGGCGAAAUGGAAGCGAUGUGGCGACGAUACCCUCGGUCCUGUGUCGAAGGAUAACCUAUUCUACCAGGAUCCCAGCAAACUCCAGUUUGGCAAGUCGACUCGCCCGCUCCAGGAGCAUGUCACCAUCCCGAAUGGCAUGCCCAAGUUUGGAAGUGAUUUCUGGCGCGUUUAUGGGAACAAGCUGCGUGUCUUCGGUACACAGGAGGGUGUGUGUCUCAUGGACAGCAGUGAUGCGAAGUCUACAUUGGACAGCUCCGACGAUGCUGGAGGUGUCGACCUCUAGGAAUCGCCGGCACUGGAGCCUCCAUCUGUGCUUCGAUCACUAUCAAUACAGCCGUGGCUGACUGGCAGAGUCUGGAGCGGUAGUAAAGACAGUUGGAGAAGAAUUCACAGCGAUGAGGCCGAGGCAGAAGGAGUGCUGUUCUUGCGACGAGCGUUCAGGCACCAUUUGAGUGCGAGUGUUGAAAGAGCUAGCAGGGCUCAUUCGUAGGUGUGAGCUAUCCUAAAGCAUGUUCACCUCACUCCAUAGCCUAGGUACCUACCCGUACCAAGCUGGCUAUAGCCAUACUGGCGUAGCGGCGCCAACCACCUUGCCAUCUUUCGCCUUUCCCAAAUUGACCUUGGACACUUCCUGUAUCACUUUCCCAUCAAAGGAGAGGAUAGAAACCCAGCCCUCCUCGCUAUCACACAGCGCAAGGUAUUCCUUGUCGCCGUGUUCUACCUUCCAAGGCGCGGGCUCGAUGGCAUUCGCAAUGCCACCACUCGUUGGCGUUUCCCAGAUAUCAACGGCCUCUUCACUCUCGAGCGUUCCAUCCUCGGCGAGCUUAUAAGCCGCCACGUAGCCCUUGGUACCCUUUUCCAAUCCACGGUUCGAUGCGUACAGGUAACGCGGCUUCGCAGCAUCCGGUCCCGUGGAGUAUCGAACUUCAUCAGCCCAGUAAUUCUUGCAAUCCUUCCCAGCCGGGAGGAUGGAGCAUCCUUGAAUAUGCUUCAACGUGACUCCGUCAUCGGCAAUGGAGAAGACAUCCACCAUGCUACUGUGUUCCUGCAACGAAUACAGAAUCUUGCCACUCGGAUGCGGCCACGUAUGUCUCGGACCAUCGUGACUGCGCGGCGCAAUAUGUUUAGUCCCAAACUCCAAAGGAGGAUCAUCCACGCCUUCAGUCUCGUGCGUGAUUUUGUACGUCCAAAUACAAUUCCUACCAAUAUCCGCCACAAAGAGCGAUUUCCCAUCCGGAGAAAUGUCUACGCUGUGCGCUCCAUGUCGUAAUCCCCCAAAAUCUCCAUGUGCCACUUCUCCUCGUGCGGCGGAUUGAUUCGCUCCUUGAUCUGUCACGAAAUCCAGUUCUUGCACGAGAUUUCCCAGAGAGCCGCUAUCGGAUUUAUUUUUGCGAAAGACUUCACCGGAAGGGCCGGAGACGGAAAAUACGUGGGUGGAAUUGUUGCAGACGUAACCAGAAGUGGAUUUGACGGUUUUGGUGUUGAGAUGGCGGAUUUCGUGGCCUCCUGAUAGGAUUUGGUAGCUGGCGAUGGAGGGUUGCGCGGUCCAGGCUGUGCAGUAUAAAUUGGUUUUGUCCUGCGAGAGGGAGAGCCAGGAGUGGCCGCCGAUUGCGGGGUGUUCUUUGGUGAGGUGGAGGGUGGAAGUGGAGGGAUCGAAGGUGAAGAGGUAGAGGCUGGGUUGAUUGAAGGAGCCGACGAGGAAGUCCAUUGUUUUUUCUUCUUUUCGAUUUUUCUUUUCUCUUUCUC